AUGUCGACUGACAUUGACAUUGCCAGCGCCGUCGACGCCGAACGUGGCAGCGGACCUGCCACCGCCUCCGCCUCCACCUCGGACGUCGCCGCGCACGACGAUGGCGGCCUGUCCAAGGAUCAGAUCGAGUGCGCCAAGCAGCCUCCGCCCGCAUUUCUGCACUCGCCGCCUGACAGCAACGAUGCCAACAAGUCGGAUGCGAGCGACUCGGAGCUGAGCGACCUCGACGAUGAACCCAUCCUGGACGACCCCCCUGUCGUCCCGCCCGAACUGCAGUACCGCCCGGAGCCACAACCCCAAGAUGCGCAAGACGCGCAAGAGCAGGAGCAGGCCAUGGAAGAGGACAUCGGCGAGGUGUUGCCGGACCACUGGUCUGGGGCCGUGCCCGUCUUCCGCCCGACCAUGGACCAAUUCAAGGACUUUCAGCGUUUUAUGGAAAAGGUUGAUAGCUACGGAAUGAAGUCCGGCAUCAUCAAAGUCAUCCCACCACAAGAAUGGAAAGAUGCCCAGCCUCCUCUCGACGACCUCGUCAAGCACGUUCGGGUGCGCGAGCCCAUCAAACAGGACAUCAUGGGUUCCAACGGGACCUACCGGCAAGUCAACAUCUUGCACGGACGCUCGUACAACGUACCUCAGUGGCGACAGCUUUGCGAGCAGAGUGAGCACCAGCCGCCCGCGAGACGCGGCGAGCGCCGAGCCAAUGCCGAUAAGCCGAAGCCUCCGCGACGCCCUGCCGCCCCCAAGUCGGCGAGCGACCCGUCUACUCCUAAGAAGCGUGGAAAGGGGAGGCCGGCCCGAGGCAAGGGCAAAGCGACGCCGGCAGAUGAGGAGGACGAACGGCCCAUGACACCAGUCUCACCAAAGGCUGAGCCGCAGACCGGCGAGGAGGUGCCCGUUGACUCUAUCGAAAAGGACCCCGCAGAGGACGUCGGUGACAACGAUGACACGAAACGCCCGGCGGGCCGAAUGGGCGGCUCUAGGCAGGCCAAAGCGAAGACCCAGUCUGUCUCUGCGCGUCGCAAGUACAGCCGCCGCGAAGGCUCGGCAAUGAUUGACGAGGCCGCUUUCAAAGAUUUCGACUAUCGCAUGGACAUUUCCGAUUACACGCCCGAGCGGUGUGAGGAACUCGAGAGGGCGUACUGGAAGACGCUGACGUACGCUGCUCCCCUCUACGGUGCCGACAUGAUGGGAACACUGUUCGACGACAGGACCGACAUCUGGAACCUCAACAAGCUCCCCAAUCUGCUAGAUGUGCUAGGCACCAAGGUCCCUGGAGUCAACACGGCGUAUCUGUACCUGGGCAUGUGGAAGGCGACUUUUGCCUGGCAUCUUGAGGACGUGGACUUGUACAGCAUCAACUACCUACAUUUCGGCGCCCCGAAGCAGUGGUACAGCAUCUCGCAAGCCGAUGCUCGCCGGUUCGAAGCAGCGAUGAAGAACGUGUGGCCCGCGGACGCCAAAGCUUGCGAUCAGUUCCUUCGACACAAAGGCUUCCUCAUAUCUCCACACCACCUGCUCUCACACUACGGCAUCAAGGUCAACAAGGUGGUGUCCUACCCUGGCGAAUUCGUCGUCACGUAUCCGUACGGGUACCACUCCGGCUACAAUCUUGGGUACAAUUGUGCCGAGGCGGUCAACUUCGCGCUCGACUCUUGGCUGCCAAUGGGCAAGAUCGCCAAGAAGUGCGAGUGUGCGCAAGCCCAAGACAGCGUGUGGAUCAACGUGUAUGAAAUUGAGCGCAAGCUACGCGGCGAGGAGACCGAGUACGAGGAAACCGAAGACGAAGAUGAGGACGACGAGGACAUGUCAGGCCUCCCUACUCCACCCGCUAGCCACGGAGUGAAGUUUAAGGACGGCAGCCGUAAGAGGAAGCGAGGGCCGGGAGGCAAGGACAAGAUCAAGGUGAAGAAGGUGAAGCUCCGUCUGAAAACGAGGGCCGAGCCGCCUUGUUGCCUGUGUCCUCACGACAUCUCCGGGCUGGAAUUGCUGCCCACUGAGGACGGCAGAAAAGCCCAUCGACUCUGCGCCCUCUACAUGCCCGAAACGUAUAUCGACAGCGUCGACGACAGCGAAGUGGUGUGCAACGUCAAUGGUAUCCACAAAGACCGACUCGAUCUCAAGUGCCUCCUUUGCCGGUCGAAACGAGGCGCAUGCUUCCAGUGCUCACACAACAAGUGUGCCCGAGCGUACCACGCCACAUGCGCCGCCGCCGCGGGCUGCUUCGUGGAGGAGCAGGAUGUGCCUGUCUUUGGCGAGGACGGUACGGAGUUCAAGGAGCAAGCCUUCGACUUUAGCUGCAGGUUCCACCGAACUCGGCGCGAUAAGAAGCACAAUGCCGAUGUCUUGGAAGCCGACGGCCGUGUUCGUGCUGCGGCAACAUCACUGCAGAAAGGCGAGAUUCGGCAGUUCCAGUAUCUCAAGGGUGAGAUCUUUGCCGGCAUUGUGGUGGAGAAUCGCGAAGAAGAUGAGACGGUCCUCAUCAACGUCCUUCCUACCAGUGAUACCAUUGAGGUUCAGUGGAAAUGGCUUCUACUCCCUGAUCCGGCAGACUAUCGGCUUCCGAAGGCAUCCGCAAAGGCGAUACCCCUACCAGCGUCACGCAAGGCCAAGGACAAGCUCAACACCAAGAGAUUGCAGGAGGACAAGCCCAGGAAAGACGACCCAUUCGUCGAGGGCUAUACCUGGGCCGAAUUCCUGGUGGAACCCGUUACGAACGCGAGCCAGGCCAAAUUGGACCUUUCGAAGCCGGAUCAAAUUUGGUACUACCUGGGUAAGACGUCAACCGACGCGAAGGCGCAGUACACCGAAGACCCGACCAAGCCGCGAUACAAUGCCAAGGGUAACUACCUGGAUACUUUGCCUAAGCCCGCAAAGCCUCCCAAGCCCCCGAAGCCAGCAGCUGCUGUCAAACCCGUGGCUAAGGGCCAGCAAUAUGGCGUAACGGGGAGCUUCCCAUACGUGCCAAACCCUGCGAGCGCUCAAGCUGUCGCCGUACGAUUCGACAAACCUUACGUAUACAAACCGAAGGGCCCGAUCGCCCCGCAGCAGCAAGGCCCUGCGACGCACACGGCUCAAAGAUUCGCCCUGGGGCAAACGAUGCAAUCACCCUCUCCAUCAACCUACUUUAACCAGAAUCACUACGCAGCUGGGCGGGCCUACCAGAACAGUGGCAUGUAUUCUGUCCAGAGGUUUGAGCCCAUGGGCAGCAGCGCCUCACAGACUGGCUCGGCUGCUCCUCAAAAGCAUCAAUACGCGGGAGUGCCGAAUGCACCGCAACCGGCGGUGACACCAGCACAAACAUGGCAGCCGCAUUCUCCUGCUUCCUAUCAGAAGCCUUCACCUGUCCAGCAAAGCCGGCCCAAUUGGCAGGUUCAUUCGUCAGUGUAUCAAAAAUACCCGUUCUUCCAGGUCAACCACAACAGGGACGCUGUUAAGUACCGGACCCCGUACUCACCGUGGGGCGGAUUCACGAACGGGUACGAGGGCGACUUGCGAGCGCACCUGAUGUCACACCAGAACGACCUGCUGCGAAGGCCGACUUUCAGCUCCAUGUCGCCGGGCUUGAAUGGAUCGCCACUGGCGGUACCCAGAUCGCAUCACACCCAACACUUCGCGCGUCCCCUUGAACCGUCGCGGCCGCUACCCUCGCCACAGACCCCCAACCCGAACGGACACUCGAAUGGCCAGAAUGGGUUCAAUUCGCUACAGCCAAAUGUGCAGCAACAACCAAGUGCUGGCCCUUAUAAUGGCAGCGUGCAGAAUCAUCAGCCCAUGACGCAUCAGCCAACACAAGUGCCAAAGCCGAAGCCGGCUCCAACUCCUAAGUCGUAUAAGGUCGGAAUGCCCGCUGCCAUAGGUCCUGUGCUACAGUCUAUGAAGUACUAA